AUGUGUGACAUCUGUUGUGCCGCAGAGUACAUAUGUGUGGUUGUAUUGGUGCAGAAUAUACUACAGAAUAUUCUGUACGCUUUAUUGUCGUACAGAAUAUUCUUUGUGUGUCUGGUAUUGCAUAUAAUGGUUGGGAAAGUAGUGAUCGGUUUUUUCACAGCCGUUACUCGAGUGGUGGUGAGAGGGGCCAAAAAACUGUUCAGCGAAAGCAUCUGUAAUAGCAUUUCUGGUCAAGAGGUGAUACUAUCGCAACACAAACACUCGUCGCUGUGUAUACAAUGGCUGAUCGAAAACACUGGCAAUCAGGAGCUGAUCCGCAAACUGGCCGAACGGAUCUGCGUUACCACCAUAUCGUUGGACUAUAUGAUGAAUCAGAGCAGUAGUUGUGUACUGCAGGCGCUGAUUGAGGCCACGCUCAAGAUAUUGUCCAAAGAGACGUCGAACGCGACCGCCGGCGGCAGCGAAGCCGAGCGGCACAUUCAGACGUCGAACGCGACCGCCGGCGGCAGCGAAGCCGAGCGGCACAUAAAGUGGAGCACUCAUUGGCUGCACGACAUCGGAAAGUUCACUGUCCAACAGAUGGAUCAACUGUUGGAGGACACGAACGGCUCGCACGUGAUGAUCACGGCGUUGGAAGCGAUGGGCGGCAUACGGGUGGGCCGCCACUGGUCGCGCAAGACUAUGGGCUUCGGCAUGAAGACCAACAUUCACACGGAGAUCGAGAAGGACGUGAUCAUCCGUGAGCUGCCGGCGCCGUUCAAACACUUGCUCAAGAGGUUCGCCAAAGCGCUGGUGAUGGACCGCCAACAGCGUGAGCUCAAAGAGAUCAUUCUGGGCAAAGCCACCUCAUUGGUCCAGUACCUGCUCUUUGUGUUGAAAGUCCGGUACAACGAGUUGUGUCAAGUGGUGGUCAAAAAGUUGGUGGAGAUUGUCUUCAUGGACGACGAGAGCAAAUUCGCGAUCACCACGAGUUCGGUGAGCGCUUAUCUCGUGGAAGCGGUGAUUCUGGUGGCCAGCGAUCACCGGCUGCACCGCAUAUGGAGUAAACACCUGAAGGGCAAUCUGAAGCUGAUGUGGAAGCACGACAUCGCCAACUUCAUUUUCUCAGAGAUCUGCGAAGAGCUGUUCCCGAGUCUGGACUCGAUAUUCCGCCACAACAGGCCCGGCAUCGGUGUCUGCCUGUCGAAGGCCUGCCAGAAGUUCCCUCCGUCUCAACACGACUUUAUUCACGCGCUGAUGAAGUCGUUCCACUGCUUCGAGCCAAAGGACCGUCAAAUACAAUUAGUGCCGCUAAUGCUGUUCGGCGAUCAGGAGCCGAGUAAUGGCCGCACCGGUGGCCGCGAACAGCCGUACGGCGCGUACGGCAACAACAAAGUGGACAUUUGGCUUCACGGGUCGCUGAUGUUGCAGUACAUCUUCGGCUUCGACGACCCCUACAAAGUGACCAAAAGUCUGUUGUCGUUGGAGCCUAAAGAGGUGGUCUCCAUCGCCAACGACAAGAGCGGCUCACACGUGAUCGAGACGUUCCUCCACAGCCAGACGGUGGCCCCCAAACACAAACAACAGCUCAUCGAACACCUGCGCGGCUCGUAUGUCGAUAUGGCCAACGAUCGGUUCGGCAGUCGUAUUGUGGACCACGUGUUGGCCACCGCCGACAUUAAGCUCAAGAGUAGUAUUAUGGACGAGUUGGUGGCCAAAGAGUCCCAUUUGAAUAGCACCCGAAACGGGUACUAUUUGGGCAAAAAGGCGGGACUCUAUCACUACAAGAACCGCAACGACGAGUGGAGGGACGAGGAGAGGGGUCGGGCGAAGAGGCGCCGCGAAAUGGACGACAUCUUCGGCUACGACGGCGCCGAUCAGUCGCUACAACAGCCGCCGCCUCCGCAGCGAAUGCGCGGACAGCGGUUCAAGUGAUGGCUCAACACUAUUGACGAUACGAUACGAAUCUAUUCUUCUACUACUUCUUCAUUAUUAUCUUCUCUUUGAAUUUUUUGGCACUUUUUUAUCGACGAAAUAAUUAUUAAAUAUUAUUAUUAUUAUUAAGAGAUAUUUGUCGUUGAAUAUUGAAGUUUAUUACAAUUAUUAUUAACUAUUAUUA